GAAGUUUUAACGUGGUGUGAAGGUGUCGUGCAUCCAUUUGCUUCGCUCAGGAAAAUCAAGAAAAAGUUAACUAACCGCACACAAAAAUGGCCGAUGAGUACUUUUACGGAGCGACCCUGAAGGAGGGCAACAAAACAGUGGCAUGGGAUCCGGAGAACAAGUCCGAUGAGUACCCGAGGACGCACAAGCUGGUCAUCAAACAGUGCAUCCUGGGCCACGAAGCGGCCGCCGACGAGUACAACGUGGUGCAGGUGGAAACGAUGACGAUCCGCGACACGCUUCGCAUUCCGAUUGCCGUGCUGAAGGUGGGCGAGACGCGCCAGUGCCGCAUGGACCUGGAGUUCUCCGACGCGCCCGUCACCUUCACGCUGAUCGAGGGCAAGGGUCCGGUACACAUCCACGGUCAGCAUCUGCUCGGCUCGCUGGUGGAGGAGUUCGAGGACAUGGAGGAGAUGGAGGAGGAAGUGCUGGACGAGGAGGAGGCGGACGAGGACGAGGAUGAGGACGGUGCGUCGGCCAAGAAGAAGCCAAAGCUGACCAACAACUCCAAGGGCAAACCGGGCGGCGCCCCGGGGGGUCCGGCUGGCAGUAAAAACGAAACCACCCGGAAGAGGAAAUAAGCAGCCCGGCGGCCAAUCAGUUUAAUAAGAGCCACCGGCGGCGACGUCAUUCCUCUCACAUUCAUAUUAUGUAUUACACACCGUAAAAACAAAAACUAUCACGAGCAGAACUCUGCCAACACUAGCACAUCAGCGCAGGAGACGCGCAGAAGUCGCAGUCGCAGUCAGCCAUCAUCCGGUCAGAAUCAACCAACAGCAGCCGGGGAAUCAAAUCAGUCCUACAUUUCACGCAACAACAACACGUAUACUUUUGCCAAAAUCCGUUCUUUGCUUCGCCGUACCAUCCAUCGGUUCGGCGUACUUGGAAUAAGUACAGCGGAGAGGGACAGAACUCGGAAUGCCGUUCACGCGGUGCCGGACGGCGAAUGCAGGACUUUUAGUUUUUUUCUUUUCAUAUGCUCGGUGUUUGAAGAAUUCAAUGUAAAAAACAAUGUCAGGAAGUGAGUUCCUGGUGUAACUAACCUCCACAAAACGAGAGUACAUUUUUACUACCAAUACCGGCGCUCUGAAUGUGCCCUUCCGCGUGGAAUCUGUCCCCGUCGCUGUCUCAGAGCCAGGUGCGCAGCGGUUGAGUUUAUUGAAACUAAGCAAGACAAACUGUAAUAAGUAAUGAAAGAAAUAAUAACAAACACAUGAUGGUAAACUUCGAACGAAGAUUUUCACUGCACCGCGCCGCAACAGUUUCGGUUUAUUUCGAAGGAGCGCCUCUCCUAUGUCUCGCUUAGCCUUUGAUUUCUGUGUGCCCACGUUGUCCACAGAUUGUAUUUGUCGCUUCAAUUCUCCAUUCGCAAAAGAAGGGUUCGCUAGGCUUUCAGAUCGGGCCUGGCCAGGGGGUUGAUCCGGGAUUCCGAAUAAUUCAUAAGGACGUUCAGCGACUGAGCGACUCACUGGGCAUCCGAUGUGUGUAGGGAGCUCUGUGGUUGAAAACAAUGUAAGUGACCGGCAAACAACAAUAAAAAGUACCAUGAAAUUCCGGGAAAAUCCAGCCAAAUCCACGUGGUCGAGCGUGAAAGUCGUGAUUUUUGUCGAGAAAACCAAAACAGAAUGUGCACGACGAAGCAACAGAAGCCAG